GAGUGAGUGAGCUAGUAACUGUUGGGCACGGGAGGAGUCUGAGAUAUGAUCACGAAGAGAGACUUGGUUAAUUUUUCACUUGCAGUUUUUGAUUCACAAUGGAUGAGAAGAGCCUGGAAUCCCAGGAAGCCGCUGGUGAUGCGAAUUCACAAAAUGUAGGAAUCAAACAGGAUGACACGCCACUAAACACUUCCCUCUUAGCAAGUGGUGAUAACAUCGAUAGCACCAAUAGCGGCACAGAUGAGGAUGGUUCUGAUGACCCUCCAUCUCUGGAAGAUAUUGGCUUCUUGGAGGAGCCUGAUGUCCAGAGCGUGAAUCAGGAAAAUUCAGCACCCAGCACCAGGGAGAUCAGUGCUGAGCCUCAAAGCGGAGCAGGAAACCUGGAUAACAUCCCCAAGCCAGAUGAUGAAUGGCUACAGGUCCUUGGAAAUGAGCUGCUGAGGAAGAAGAUUCUGGUAGCAGGUCGGAAUGAUGAGCCAAAACCACAAAAAGGUCAGAAUGUAACUGUGGGGCUGAAGAUGACACUGGAGGAUGGAACCGACGUAGAGGAAGAUCCCUCCCUCACUUUCACCGUGGGAGACGGGGAUGUUAUCCAGGCAUUGGAUCUUUGCAUCCAGCUGAUGGAGCCAGGGGAAGUGGCUUUGAUUGUCUCUGAUGCUAAAUAUGCCUAUGGCUCUCUGGGCAGCAUCCAGCCCACAGUACCUUCAAAUGCCACCGUGCACAUUGAGGUUCAGCUUCUCUCGGUGAAGGACGCCCCAGAUAUCGAACUCCUGUCGGGGAAGGAGCGCUUACUGCUGGCCAACAAGAAAAGGGAGCGGGGGAAUGCCUACUUUCUACGGAACGAGUAUGUCUUCGCAAUCAACUCAUAUGACAUCGCCCUCGAUAUUGCAAACUCGAGCUCCAAAGUUGAAUUUUCACUGGAGGAAGAGCAGGAGUUGUUGGAUGUGAAGGUGAAGUGUCUGAAUAAUCUGGCGGCAGCCCAGCUGAAGUUGGAACAUUUCGAGGCUGCACUUAAAUCCUCCAAUGCUGCGCUCGAGCAUCAACCCAACAACAUCAAAGCACUUUUCAGGAAAGGGAAGGUUCUGGCCUUGCAGGGUGAAUAUGCAGAAGCUAUACCAGUCCUGAAACAAGCUGCAAGACUGGAGCCAUCAAACAAGGCGAUUCACGCUGAACUCUCCCAGCUACUGAAGAAGCAGUCUAAGCAGAGGACCUUAGAGCAGGCGAUGUACCGGAAGAUGCUCGGAGAUAUGGCUACGCCCCCGCUCUCCUCGCCAUCUCGAUUCUCCUGGGUGGGAGGAAUUGAAGGAAUAUCUGGAAGGAGCUUUAGCCUGCAUCUAACUCCUGCUCUCCGGCCCCUGGGAAGCUGAUGAGGGAGCCAGCAGUUGGGGAAGUGAUGAUGUGCGAGUGGUCUGCUGUUCUCUACUUUUGCAGAAUAUUCCAUGGAAGUGGCUGUUAGGAGCGACCAUGGUAGCAGUCGGCGGCGUGGCUGUGUCUGUCAUUGUUGCUGCAAGAACCUGACACUCGGAGAGUGGACUGAAUAUCCUCACAGGGAUUGUGUCCACGCCAAAACUCUUAACAGGGCCUCACCGGUGCUGAAUUUAGUUACCUGUCCCCUCCCCUCACCCAGAACAUUCUGAGCCUCAGACUGCUUCAGGUACUAUACAUAAAGUUACUGGACAACGGCCACCCCUUCCUUUAACACCCCAGUACAGAAAUGACCACAAUGGAGCAUGUAGUGAUUGAUGAUCAGUUCUCAUUAUAACACUGAUUGGAUUUAAUUUAUUUCUUGGGGGUGGCUUAGAGCUUCCUGAUGAAUGAAAUUUAUGCAAAAUGUUUAUAUAAUUAUAAUAAAAUGUUUAUAUUGAAUUCCA